AUGUUACCCUCGUAUGCAUCCUCGACCAAUUCCAAGAUGAUGCCUCGGCAUCAUUCCGCUGGAUUUUCCAAUGGCUAUCCACGCAAUACCAACACUUUCGAUAUCUCUCCUCAUAGAUUUCAACCCCGCGCCUCGACACCUGCCGCUCGUCGACGAAGAAGUCUACUGACGCGAUUAGGCAUAAUUGCGGUUGUUAUCGUAUUGAUUUGGUUCUUUAUUCGACCGGGGAGUGGAUCCUUUACUUCUCUAUUCUCCCUAGGCCUUCUCAGUUCAAGUGGUGAUGUUUUGAUGGACACCGUGCGCUACUAUGAUCUCUCGAACGUUCAGGGUACCGCUCGUGGUUGGGAAAGAGAAGAACGUAUCCUCCUAUGUGUUCCAUUACGAGAUGCCGAACCCCAUCUCAAUAUGAUGUUCUCGCACCUCCGCAACUUUACAUACCCCCAUCAUCUUAUCGAUCUCGCUUUCCUCGUUUCCGAUUCGAAGGAUAGGACGUUAGAAGUGCUUGUAGAGAAGCUGGAAGCGCUACAAGCUAGUGAGGACCCGAAACAGCCCUAUGGAGAAAUAUCAAUCAUCGAAAAGGAUUUUGGUCAGAAAGUCAACCAGGAUGUUGAGAGUCGUCAUGGGUUUGCUGCGCAGGCAAGUCGCCGGAAGUUGAUGGCACAGGCACGCAACUGGCUUUUGAGCGCGACUCUCCGUCCGUAUCAUUCAUGGGUUUACUGGAGAGAUGUUGACGUGGAGACCGCACCGUUUACUAUCCUAGAGGACUUGAUGCGUCAUAAUAAGGACGUUAUCGUACCGAACGUCUGGCGACCGCUUCCUGAUUGGCUUGGUGGCGAACAGCCCUACGAUUUAAAUUCGUGGCAGGAGUCGGAAACGGCGUUGGCUCUUGCCGACACUCUCGAUGAAGAUGCUGUGAUCGUGGAAGGAUAUGCCGAAUAUGCUACUUGGCGGCCUCAUCUGGCUUAUCUUCGCGAUCCCUAUGGUGACCCGGAUAUGGAAAUGGAAAUCGACGGCGUCGGUGGUGUUAGUAUUUUGGCUAAGGCCAGAGUUUUCAGGUCGGGUGUCCAUUUCCCUGCCUUCAGUUUUGAAAAGCACGCAGAAACUGAAGGAUUCGGCAAGAUGGCUAAACGCAUGCAAUUCUCCGUGGUUGGUCUUCCUCAUUACACAAUUUGGCAUUUGUACGAGCCUAGCGUAGACGAUAUUCGGCACAUGGAGGAAAUGGAAGCAGAGCGCCAGGCUAAGGAGGCCGAAGAGAAAGAAAAGCAGGAACGGGAGAAGAAGGUCAAAGAACAGUUCAGUGAUACUAAUGCUCAAUGGGAGCAAGAUAAAUCGCAGAUACAAAACUUGGCUAAGGAGGCGCAAAAAGAGCGGGAAUCCGAGAGCCAACAGGGGUCAAGUCAAGACUCGAAAGCAGCAGAAGACAAGGUUGGGGAAAAGCCAAAUAACCAAGUUAGGGUAGAGGCCUAAGAAAUGAUAUUUAGGAUAUAAUGACUAAUGGCCUUGGGUUGUAGUGAGGCUUCACGUCGCACUUCCGGACUCACUAUGCAUUAGGCGUGUGGGAAAGAAAAAAAAAAGUCAUUUGGGGCAAAGGGGAAGGAUAAGGGGCGCACACAUGUGAUCAUCUGGUCGCUUGUACAAUAGCAAGGACCAUGUCGAGGAUCAUGGCACUGGCGUUUUGGUCGUAUCCGAUGCAUGAUUACGAAGCAUGGGAUAUUUUCAAGCGCGGCAACGGGACCGCGUUGUUUAUUGUAUAGAUUGGCCUUGAGGCUAUAUUACUUUAUUAGUAGAUAUUCUUGUUCAAGCUGCCCCUGACGUUGUCCUGUUGAGUAAUGAGUGAUGUCUUAUUUAAGCUGUCACGAAAAUACCUAAUUGUAAUAGAAAUCAUUGAACGAC